AGUGUCGUCCGUGACCGUGAGGCUCGAGGACCCCGGGAAGUCCGGGCGAGCCGAGCAGUUAGCGCUCCUCUCCAGCUCCGCGUAGUAGUAUGAGAGAACUUGAACACCGUUAACAUUGAUGACACCACUCUGACGAAACGAAGCUUAGUUUCAGUAUUCUCCUUGAUGUCACGUUUUCAACUCUGACUGUUUUAUUGAGCGAAAUAUUUUUGUCGAUACCGAGAUGUGGCUAAUGUUUGCGUUUAAUCAUACGGAAUAAAACAACCUCUUUCUGUCCAAACUUAUCUGCUGAAGGAGGAGGUCAUUGCAGCCUUGCGACCGAGCCGAGCCUACGGGCUGGAUAUAUGUAGCUAGGGUCCCAUCUCUCCGCUGCGACUGUAGCUGUAGUCUGCAGAUGACUCCAUUUUCAUCAUUGAUGAUAUUUCUUGUACCAGCGACACUGAAGUGGUAUGCUGAACUGAAGAGCGAGGCGUCGCACAUCGCUGCCCUUUCUGAGAGGAUAUGGUGUCCCCUGCAGGCGAUGAGGCGAUCAUGGGAGAUGGUGUAGGCCAGACCUUAAUCCUUGAGGAUCAGUCCUUCUUGAACCAGCACUCCAACAUGGAAGUCAUCCUAUUCAUGCUGGCCUUCCUAGCCUACAUGGUCCUCUACGUGGUCUACCAGCCUAAGAAGGACGGAGAACAGAAGGAGAACAACCCACGACGGGUGCGGAGGACAGAGUCCCGCUACAGGCGGACCAGGAUCUUCGACGUCUUGGGCCUGUCCUUCGACCAGUGCAAUAGCUUCCGUGCAUUCCUGGAUCGGUUCUCGUCGUACGAGGAGGUGGCUCGGGCUAUCAAGCUCGCGGGGAUCACGAGGAGCGAUAUGAUCAUCGGCGUUGACUUUAGCGCCAGUAACGAAUGGCAGGGGCGCAAGUCGUACCAAGGGCGCAGCUGUCACAACCUGCACGACGUCUCGAGCAGUAAGACUUUCAAUCCCUACCAGCGUGUGCUAUCAAUCAUAGGAUCAACGUUAGAGCAAUUUGACUCGGACCACAUGAUCCCCGUUUACGGUUUCGGCGACAAGAUCACGCAAGACGAGGCCGUGUUUCCGUUCAAGGAAACGGGCCAACCCUGCGUGGGGUUCAUAGACGUCUUAGAGAAAUACCACAGGGUGGCCCGAACUGUACAACUGGGCGGCCCGACCAGUUUUGAGCCUAUCAUUCGUAAAGCAAUAGAAAUCGUGCAAGAGAAGCAGUCGUACCAUCUACUCCUCAUCAUUACCGAUGGACAGAUUAAAGAUGCGGAGAGGACCGGAGAGGCCAUCGUGAAGGCUUCCAAUCAUCCAAUCAGCAUCAUCGUCAUCGGGGUCGGCGACGGUCCCUGGGACGAGAUGGAGAACUACGAUGAUAACCUCCCCAAGAGGAAAUUUGACAAUUUUCAGUUCGUCAACUUCCAUCAAGUCUGCAGCAAGGCGAAGUACGCGGAGACAGCGUUUGCGCUCCACGCGCUCAUGGAAGUACCGGAUCAAUAUCAAUCGAUUUGUUCGUUAGGAUACUUGACUAACGCGACACCACCGCUCACUGACAACAACGAUAAUACAAAGAAAUUGAAAUAGCCUUAUGAGUGUACUAUGUGUUUUGUACUAUCUGGAUGUAAGCAAUGUAGUAAUUUUCCUCUCAUGUUAUAGUAUGGAGAGAUUUUUUCUAUUUUUACAUGAUUCACCUCAUGCUAUAUAUUUUUUUCAAAGGCAUGAAAGGGUUGAGCCUGAGCUAUUUUUUCGAAAAUAUACAAGUGGUAUCGAAUGAAAUGGUUUAUCUUUUUUUUUUUCUUUCUUCUGUAUGACUUUUUGUUAGAGUUUAUGUAAGAAAAAAUGUGAAUGUUCCUAAAUUUGUUUUCUGAUUUUGAAUUUUGCUUUGAAAUGAUGCACAGAAAAUAUGCUGCAUUUCCUCAAAUAUUCCAAAACAUUUUUCUUGUAACUACUAAAUAACGAUGUACCUGUCAGACAACUAUACGUACACAUGCCAGUAUCCCUGUCAGAGAAAGAGGAUCAUUCACCAGCAGGAAAAAAUACAUAUCAGACAUUUAAAUGGUCCUUGAUGAAAGAGCCUUAUGAUGAUAGUGAUUUCAUAAUUCAUGUUAAGUUUACUUCUAAGCAUUCCAACGUUUAUGGAAUUCAUUGACAAGACUCCUUACAAGGCGUUUUCAGCUGUGUUUAAAGUGCAGAGUGGGUGUUCCAAAUUGAAUCAUUUAGAGAAGUUCAAAGAAAAUUAAAAACAAGAAAAUUCAAACAAAUAUUUCCAAUAUUAGACACCUACAUGGAGCCCCAAACUAGAAUGGCAAAAUAUAAAAUAAAUACCCGGUACUUGGCGAUUGGUCCUUGUAAAUGUUUAUUUUUUGUUUUUUCAACCUUUAUCUUUUAAUCUUCCAGCUUUGACCUUAAAUAUCAAAAAACAUGAUACAUGAGGAUCAUGCAAAUACGUAUAUCUUUUACCGGUAUUCCACACCUUUGUUCUGACAAUAUUAUGCAAUAAGAAACAGCGUAGAAAACUUGUAUUGCUGUUCCAUGAAGGUGAAAUUUCUGCUUCCUAAAUUGAAAUACCAAUGCACGACCAUGUAACUCUCCACUUACUCUACUUAACUAACCUACUUAGCUGGUCCAGCCUCAAAAAACACCUUAAUUUUUAAUUAGUUACCUGAGAUUUCUUGAGGAUUAUAGAUCUGUAGAUUGAACGGCGGAUUUUUAUUAAAUGCUUUUCUUUCUGUGAGAGAAAUACCAAGUUAUCUGUCCUUCUAUCAUAUUUUUCUUCCAGUAUAGAGCCAACUUUUGAACCUUUGGUAAGAGGACAAAUUAAAGACACAGUUCAACAUUUUGAUGUGGUGGUUCAAGGUAUUUUUUACAGAACAUGAAGAAGAAACAACCCUGAAAAUUUGAUGAAACUAAUGAAAGUUUAGUGUUUCUACAUAAAGGGGAGGAGGGGUAGGGGGAAUGUUUUGAUUUUCAGUAAUAAUUGUUUAUAUGCAGCAGUAUGAUCAACUCUUUGGUACUACAUUUCAUCGUAUCCUGAGGAGUACUGUCAAAGGUUAUCAUUAUUUGGUAUAUCAACCAUAGUUAUUUAAAACUGACAAUCGUUUAUUUUAAAGGUAUUUCAUACCAUCAUCUCUUCAAACUACCCAUAUAAACCUUACUUCCAGAAACAUUAGAGACUGAUAUUCAACCUGUAUUUUCAAAAGGAAAGUAUUUUUUUAGAAGAAAAAGAUUACAACACCACCACAAACAUAGCUACUCUAUUACUUCCUGUAAUGCCAUUGGAAAUUCUACCUUCCUGCUCAGAGCCAGAAGGGUGUGUAAUUUCUCAUAACAUUUUGCAGAUAGUUUCAGCCUCUCUGGCUCUCAGCUCAGCCGACAACAUCCUCUUCCUGUUCGGAUUGUAAAUACACUGUAGUGACCUAGACCUUGCGCCGGGUUCUUGUACAACAGGAAAUCACACCUCCAAUGCGUUAUGUUUCUCUUCUUCCUUCUUUCAUUGUAAAUGGCGACCCGCAAACAUUGUAGACGAAGUGGUAGCCUUCUUUUCCAGAAUGAAAUCAGAUCUCCCAAAAGCGAUAAUCUUUCUCUUUGAAUACCUCAUCCAUAAUCUUUCAAAAAUGACACUUGAAAUGAUGGAUAUUUUUGUCCUUGGUGUGUUAGUAAAAAGUGCAA